AUGGAGUCUGGAAAUAGUGGGAGUAUGCAGUCGUCUAGUGGCGGCGAUGAGGAGUUUGAGUCACCCGCCGACUCAAUCACCGCCGUCUUUUUAACUAAUCCACCAACUCAUGGUGGUUCUUUCACCGGAAACUUCCAUCCAACCAACCCUCUUCCUCAAUCCUCCUCCUCCUCCUCCGCCGCCGCGGCCAUGUUUGAUCCUUUGUCUAAUUUAUUUGAUCCAAGAUCUUCGCUUUCUAACCAAAACCCACUUCUCAAUUUCGAUAUGGUUUGGUCUCGGUCUCUGAGAUCCGAUCAAAUUCCGCCGGAUCUCGACGCCGCAAAUCUUAAUUCCGCCGCCGCCGAUCAGAGUUUAUCAUCUAUCUCCAAUUUCUCCGGCGUACACAAUUUUUCUCACCCAUCUGAUGGUAUUAAUUCCUUCCGAGCUUCGGAUCAGACAGAAUUGCAAGAUAUUCCUAAUAAUUGUGGCCGUGGUGGUGGUGGUGGUGGUGGUGGUGGUGGUGGUGGUGCGAACGUAGUUAGGAGCUCGAAGAAGCGGCCGAGGGCGUCACGACGAGCUCCGACAACGGUGUUAACAACAGACACUACUAAUUUCCGUGCCAUGGUUCAAGAAUUCACUGGAAUUCCAGCUCCACCCUUCACCGCUUCCUCGUCGUCUCCUUUUACAAGAAACGCUGCGAGAUUCGAUUUGUUCGGCGGCUGUGGCGAUGGCGGAGGCGGAGGUGGUGGUGGUAGAUCAUCAACAAAUUUGGACGUUGUACCAUCUACACAACAGAAUUACCUUUUGCGACCAUUUCCUCAAAAACCGCCGUAUCUCUCUCCGCCGUCAUCGACUUUCCUCGCCGGCGGCAACUUACAAAGUCCAAUUUUUGACAUCCAAAACAUGUUUCAAUCCAACCCCAAAUUGAUCCCUUCAUCCAACGAUCAAAAUCUCAAAAUGGGUAUUUUCGAGGAGUUCGGUUUAAGCAGCCACAGCCACGGCCUCCUCCCGACCGGCCAAACCGUAAGAGGCGACAACAACAACCACCCUCCACCGACGAGCUGGGUUAUCGGCGGCAGCGGUGGAGACCCAAAUCAACAAGGUGUUAAUCUCAGAUCUAGCAAUGGAAAUCUCAACGGGAAAUUAAUCAGGUACGCCGCCGCCGGCACUGCAAAUUCACCGGGAUUUCACGGCGAUAAAGCUGCUGAGAAUUUAAGAGCUAGAACUGAAGGUAUGGUGGAACCAUGGAUAUGUUCAUCUGAUUAG